AAGACAAACCAAUACCCAACUCAAACAAACCAUUAGCAUCUUUUCUUUAUCUUUGCUUAACAAAUUCUCAAACUUUCCUGUCUCUCUCUCCGCACACCGCCCCAGUCCUACCUUUGUCCUCUCUUAAAAAAAAUUCAAGAUUUUCACAAUCUUUUUUUACAAAUUCAAGACCUUUUUUUUGUUUAAAAUGGAGAAUAUAGAAGAGGGAUUGUUAUUGAAAGUAAAAGAAGAUAAGGGUGUAGUUGAAUUGAGAUGGGAAGUAAUUUGGGAAGAAGUGAAAGAAGUUGGUUAUUUGGCUGGACCAAUGAUAGCAGUGACACUUUCACAGUAUUUUUUACAAGUAAUAUCAAUGAUGAUGGUUGGUCAUUUAGGUGAACUUUCUCUUUCAAGUACUGCUAUUGCUCUUUCUCUUGCUGGUGUCACUGGUUUCAGCUUUCUUUUAGGAAUGGCCAGUGCACUAGAAACUCUUUGCGGGCAGGCUUUUGGAGCUAAGCAAUACCAAAGACUUGGUACUCAAACAUACACUGCCAUUUUUUCUCUCUUCAUUGUUUGCAUUCCCCUCACAAUCUUGUGGAUGUAUAUGGGAAAAUUGCUUACCUUCAUCGGCCAAGAUCCUCAGAUUUCUCAUGAAGCUGGAAAGUUCAUUAAGUGGCUGAUUCCUGCUCUCUUUGCUUAUGCAAAUCUUCAUCCGCUUAUUCGGUACUAUCAAAUGCAAAGUAUGAUUGUUCCCAUGCUCGUAAGCUCCUGCGUAACAAUAUGCUUCCACAUACCGCUGUCUUGGAUGCUAGUGUUUUGCUCUGGCUUAGGUAAUAUUGGUGCGGCAAUAGCUAUUGGUAUAUCGAUGUGGUUGAAUGUCAUAAUCCUUGCUUCAUACAUGAGGUUGUCUCCCGCUUGUGCAAAAACCCGCGCACCAAUGUCUUGGGAGAUUGUCAAGGGAAUGAGAGAGUUUUUUCAGUUUGCUAUCCCUUCUGCAAUCAUGAUUUGUCUUGAGUGGUGGUCAUUUGAGCUGCUCAUCUUGCUAUCAGGCCUAUUGCCAAAUCCCCAACUUGAAGCUUCAGUUCUGUCUAUAUGCCUGAACACCAUUUCUACGCUUUAUGCAAUACCAUUUGGUCUCGCUGGUGCUGUAAGCAUAAGAGUUUCUAAUCAAUUAGGAGCUGGAAAUCCUCAAGGAGCUCGCGUAUCUGUGCUUUCUGCAAUGCUCAUGGCGACCACAGAGACAAUACUCGUAAGCACAACUGUCUUUGCUUGUAGAAAUGUAUUUGGUUACAUUUUCAGCAAUGAGAAGGAAGUUGUGGACUAUGUCGCAAACAUGGCCCCUCUUCUAUGUAUAUCGGUCAUAACUGACAGCUUGCAAGGAACUCUUUCAGGUGUUGCGAGGGGAUGUGGUUGGCAGCAUAUCGGAGCCUAUGUCAAUCUUGCUUCAUUUUACCUUUGUGGAAUUCCUAUAGCUGCUUCAUUGGCUUUUUGGCUCAACUUUAGGGGAAAAGGCCUGUGGAUCGGCGUACUUUCUGGUGCUGCUGUGCAAUCUAUUCUACUCUCUGUGAUAACAUGCUGCACAGAUUGGAAAAAACAAGCUGCAAUGGCAAGGGAGAGGCUUCAUGCUGAUGAAAAAUCAUCUAUUGAUAACAGGUUGAUGUAAAUGAGAGGGCUAUAAAUGAAUUGUACUUCUCUUAUUGAAGUCUAGAACAAGUUACAGAAUACUGAACUAAUAAAAAAUAGAGAGAGGAUCCAAUUUUCCCUUCUGUCCUCCAAAGUUUGUACUUUAAUUUGUAUGUCCUCUAAAUCUGCAAAAUCAAAGUUGAGUUCUUUUUCUUCUUUUA